CAAAUCUGUCGUGAAGUGCUUGUACCCUCCCACGCCUCCAUCGUGUGUCGUUGCUCACCUAUUUCGCAUCCAAUCUCCUUUUUUUCUUUUGCUCAGACGCUUUCGCGAGUGCGCCUCAACCGCAUUGAAGCUUAAGCCGUGUGCAGUAUUGUUGUGCGCGCACGUACAAAGAUUGGGGGCGCGGCAGUGACGAGACAGCAGCCGCUGCAGGAGGAACCCAACCAAGCACGUCCAGACCUCAGUAGCCAGCAGCGCGGGGGAUAAAAGCGAUGCGAGCCAGCCUCCCGUGGCUCGCGUGGACUUGAACGAAUCGUCGUGUCCUCUCGCUUUGCCAACUUCGAACUCGGGAGACAAACGAAAACGAGACAACAGCAAGAAAAAGCAACGACAAGACGGGGCAAAAAAGGCCGUUGUGUGCGCUCGAGUCAUCGUCGCCUCGCCGUUUGGCUGGCCCGUCCGCACUCGACUGACCAACCAACCAACCAACCAACCAACCAACUUGCACGCCAGACGCACGCUGCGCCCAGCAAGAGAUACGAGUCCCAGCCAGACCCGUCGAACGACGGCACCAGAAAGCAAACGGUUUUGACCAGCGAUCACAAGACGCAAUCUCCAGGCUCACCAGGAUCCGAACAGCAUCGACACACUGCCUCCUCGGUCAUUGCGUGUGCCCACGAGUUCCGCACAGUCUACCGCAGCUUAUCGAACGGAAUCCAACAAAAAUCCCAAUCCCAGGUUGGUUUCCAACAAAACACGAAAAAGGCAGUCGGCUGGUGCAGGUCCGUCAUCUUGCCUCUUCAGCUCCCUGCGCUGCCACCCCUGCGCUGCCCAGGGCCUCUGCAUACACCCCGGAGCAGCGGCCGCCCCCCCUGCGACCCACCUGAUCGGCGCUGCUGCUUUAAUUGGCCGAUUGGGCCUGUCUCCUGCUGAAUCGGCCACUGGCACAGGGCACUGCAGGGCCUGACACCAAGAACUGGCUCACUGGCACCAAGAAACUGGCACCACAACUGGCACAGCGCUCGCCUCAAGUGUCACCACUCAAUCUGGGACGGUAGCACCAUUGAGGUCCACCACGUCAGGUCUUGGCCGUGUUCCCGCUGCGGUUUUAAUCAAUGCCUUCGGCCACGGCUGUCUUUCACGCCCCAGGUUCGGAUCCCGUCCAUAUCUCUUUGUUCCUACACCACCACCACCUCUCUGCCUGCCCUACCACUACCUGCAACCCUCCAGCUAGUCCAAGCCGUCACCCACCUGUCUCAGUCCUGCGUCGGCGCACGUGUGUUUCCUGAGCGUCCUCCCUCGCUGUUCUACUCUCUAACCUGCUUCCACCCGAUCCUCCAGACCGUGGGCGCAGACAGGCACAGCAGUCUCUCCUGGCCAAACUGGCAAUGAGCAACCACCUCACGACCUCGCCUACCCCGACGCUUCCUCCCCCACCCACGUCCGCCCCGGCUGCUGCACCACCCGCCGUCUCGUCCUCAUCCUCGCACAGGAGCACCGACAGCAGCAGCGACAGCACCAUCAGCCGGCCCAAUGGCGACCGUCUGAAGCCGACGCCCACCCGUAUCUCGCAGACGCUGGCCCCUGGCGCCACGAAUCACACCAGCGUCGCGCCGACAUCGACGGCAACGCUGCAACCAACCCCUGUUGGUCCUCCCGCCGUCAUAGCGCACGUCCUCAAGUUGCUGAACAACAACUUCGACGUGGCCCUGCGCGACAAGCCCGGACCCCCGCUGUAUGACAGCUCAAGCCCCUAUGCAAGGAGCAUAUCCUCGACAGCCCCGGGCUCCCCAAGAAUCCCUCCGGUGAGGCAAAAUUCGGGGAGCCACACCCCGCGGGUCAGGCCCCAUGCUACCACUCUCAACAUCCCUGGCAUGACCAGGUCGCGCGUCUCUCCCGACGGCAGGAUUCCAAGCCGCGAUGUUGCAGCGAAGCUGGUCAUCGUCAUGGUCGGCCUCCCUGCGAGGGGCAAGUCGUACAUAACCAAGAAGAUACAGCGCUACCUUUCGUGGCAGCAGCACAAUGCACGCAUCUUCAACGUGGGGAACAGGAGGCGAGUCGCCGCCGGCAUGUCUCCACAGCAGCAGCAGAAUGGCGACUCGAACCGCAAGGCCGACCAUGAACCCACCCCUUUCAAGGCCGCCUCUAUCCUUCUCAAGGUGAAUAGUAUCGACGCUGGGAAGUUGGGCGAGCCCCCCGAGCUGGACCUGAACGUACCGUGGUCCCCAAGGCAAGAGAAUGGCGCAGCGACCCAGGAUGACGAGAUUGAACAGUCGGCAAGCUUUUUCAACCCCAAAAACGAGUCGGCCGCCAAGAUCCGCGAGCAGGUCGCCAUGGAAACGCUCGACGAGGUGUUGGACUAUCUCCUCUGCCAGAACGGCAGCGUGGGGAUCCUGGAUGCGACCAACAGCACAAUCCGACGCCGGGAGCAGAUUGUGCAGCGCAUCAAGGAGCGGGAGCCCAAGCUCGGCAUCCUGUUCAUCGAAAGUAUCUGCCAUGACGAGACGCUUCUCGAGGCCAACAUGCGCCUGAAGCUGUCGGGCCCCGACUACAAGGCCAAGGAUCCGGUCAAGUCGCUGGCCGAUUUCAAGGCCAGAGUGAUGCAGUACGAGAGUGCCUAUGUGCCGCUGGGAAAUUAUGAGGAGUCCCACGACAUGCAGUACAUUCAGAUGAUCGACGUGGGGAGGAAAAUGGUCCAGCAUAGAUUGCGAGGAUUCUUGAGCGGCGGCAUUGCAUCGUACCUCACGACGUUCAACCUCGCACCGCGCCAGAUCUGGAUCACGCGCCACGGCCAGAGCGAAGACAACAAGCUGGGGAAGCUGGGUGGCGACUCGAACCUGACGGAGCGUGGGCACUACUACGGCAUGGCGCUGCACCAGUUUAUCACGCAGAAGCGGGCCGAGUGGCUGGUGCAGCAGAAGGACAAGAUUGCGCAGUCUUCGUUCCCGCCGCAGCCUGGCGAUCACACGCCGCCCUACCCCGAGCUCUUCCAGGAGCUGGAUUCCAAGAACUUUUGCGUGUGGACGUCGAUGCUGAGGCGCAGCGUCGAGACGGCCGAGUACUUUGAGGAGGACGACGACUAUGACGUCAAGAACUGGGAGAUGCUCAACGAGAUGCACACGGGCAGCUUCGAGGGCAUGACGUACGACGAGAUCGCGGCCAAGUACCCAGACGAGUACAAGAAGCGGUCGGCCGACAAGCUCAACUACAUCUACCCAGGAGUGGGCGGCGAGGGCUACCUGCGUGUCAUCAGCCGACUGCGCGACAUGGUGCGCGAGAUCGAGCGAAUCACGGACCACGUACUCCUCAUCAGCCACCGAUCUGUGUGCCGGGUGCUCAUCGCCUACUUUAUGGACCUGACGCGCAAUGACAUUGCGGAUCUGGACAUGCCGCUCGGCAUGCUGUACUCGAUCGAGCCUAAGCCGUACGGCUACGACUUCCACGCCUACAAGUACGACGAGGAAAAUCUGACGUUCCUCGAGGUGCACGACUACAAGCCCCAGAAGUCGACGGACCGCAACAACUAGCACCAGCUGGUGUGGGGUUGUGCUACUUUUCUGCUCCAUCCUUUCUGUCAUGGUGGCUGGCCGGUAAAGCUGCUGCCAGUCUCUGCCGGCGAUAUCGAGUCUGAUGCCCCGUCGUUUUUUCUUUUCUUUUCUUUUUUUUUCUUUUUCUUUUUUUUUUUUUUGGAUUUUAUUCUCUGCUCAUUUUUGCCGUCGCAGACACUGGCUAGGUGCCUUGGCUCAAGCAGUACUCGCUAUUUGCAAGUGCCGGGUGUCUGUCCACGGUCCGAGUUGGCCGUGUUUUGAUAUUGGUGUGGAACCUUUAUUUUCACCCUGUACUCCUCUCAUUGCUCUUUCCCAAUUCCUCUCCUUUCACCCUGCGAGCUUCUUCCUCUUGCACUUACACUUUGGCGUCAAGGACGAGGGGCAUGAUUUGCCGAUAUAGAUACCCCCGUUUAACGGAUAUAAAAGGAUCGGGGCGCGGUUAUUUGCUGCUUUUUUUUCUGAUUCACUUUGUUAUCAAUGGGCCGGGUUGCAUUUUGCAUGCUUCAUUUUUUUUCCGUCAGGUAAAUGGCGUGUCUGGAGGAUUGUUCCUGGCGUUCGUGGGCCAUCUCUUGUGAUGGUCAGUCGAGGGCGGGGUAGAAUGGCGCUUGUCUGUGGGUAGGCUGGAGGUCGGCAAUGGAAACACUUUGUUGGAAACGAAGGUCUGGAGGACCUGCGAUUUGUCACUCAGUUGUAUUUACUAGACAGGACGUGCUUCUCAGAUUGCGAUGCAUGAGCACAUGGCAUUUCUACUUUUCCCCUCACCUUCUCCAUGUUCCAAAUGUGUUUAUUA